CUAUUUAUAUUGACUUUAAAUACCUACAUUUAAAGAAAUAAAACUAUGGAUUUUGAAAAAGUAAAAGAAAAAACUUUCGAGGAUGCCUAUAAAGGUAAUAUUGAUCAAGUUAUGAAAGCAGUUGAAGAACAUAUGAGAUUGUUAAAAGAAGUUGACGUUAAUAAUCGCUUACUACUUCAUUGGGCAGCUCUCGGAGGCCAUGAUAGACUUGUACGGUAUCUUCUUGAAAAUGGUCAACCAGAAGAUUUUCAGGAUGAUUUACAGACUACUCCUCUUAUAUUGGCUGCAUCAGCUGGUCGUUUUGACACAGUAAAAACUCUUAUAGAAUAUGGAGUAAAUAUCAAUGCAAAAAACCAAGAAGGACAUUCAGCUCUGCAAUAUGCAGCUUCCAAAGGUUGGACUGAAAUUGUUAGAUAUUUAAUAUCGAAAGGUGCUGAUGUGAAUAUUGCUGAUAAUCGUGGAGCUACACCAUUACAUAGGUGUGCAUCAAAAGGCAACAUAUCAGUACUAAAGCUGUUACUAGAUUCUGGUGUACUAGUUGAUGCUAAGGAUACUUAUGGAAAUACACCACUUCAUUUAGCCUGUGAAGAAGAACGUAUACAAGAAGCAGGAUUAUUAAUAAAGAGUGGGGCAGAUAGUACAUUAAUGAACAAAGAAAAAUUAACACCUUUUGAUCUUGCUCCAGCUGAUGUUCAAAGAAUUUUGAGAAAAAUCUAAAUGAAAUUCAAUGUAGCUGUUUCAAGUCAUUAAGGAGUUAAAAAUAAUAACACCAAUAAGUAUUUUUAAAUUUCAAUCUUAUGAUAUAAAAUUUUUAUAAAUUAUUAUUA